CAUUUCUCUCAUGUGUGGCUAUUACACUGUUGAAUAUUUCGCUACGCAAAUAAAAACCGGAAGUGAUUAUUUCCGGAAACGUUUCAUGCACGUGACUGGUGUAGUUCAGGGUUGAAGUUGAAAGGGCCGAUGGUGGAAACAUUGUGGCGAUGAUGAUGAGCGCAGAUGUGGAGAGGAUGGACAGUCUGGACGGAUGGGUCGCCAUUAAAAGCGACAUAUUUGAGAACAGGGAGACUCACAACUUCCGGUUUCUGGUCCAGUGGAGCGAAGAGGAGUCGAAAUUCGCGGUGAUCUGUCACAACAGGACUCUUCAGCAGAGGAGGAAGAGGAGGAUGAAUAUGAAGGAGGAGGAGGAGGAGGAAGAAAAGGACAGCAGCGCGGGGACAGAGUCCAGCUGGGCCGCCAUGUUCUCCGCUUCAGAGCUGAAACACAUCCACCAGCAGCUGACCGGCUCCGGGGACUCGCUGUCCGGCUUCCUGCCCGAGCUGACCGCCUUCACGCAGCCCGGCCUGUGGGACACUCUGCUGAGGAGAAGCUGGCAGGAGCAGGAGCGCGACGUGGAGGCGGUGUGUGUGCAGCUGGAGAGGUACUUCAGCAUCGCGGUGGAUGUGUGUGGAGUUAAAAUCCUGCUGGACACUUUAUUCCCUCACGAGGAGGAAGAGGAGGACAAAUACUGCGAGAACCUGCAGGAGUUCAAGAGGAAAGCCAUGGAGGAGCAGGUCAGGAGAGCCAAGGACACGGUGGACACGAUCGUACAGAGUCACCGUGCCACAGCAGGACUUGUGCAGCUGAUGAAGAUCUAUGAGGAGGAGGAGGAGGCGUACAGUGAACUGGUUACCAUAGCAACGCAGUACUAUCAGCACCAACUGCAGCCAUUCAGAGACAUGAGAGAGCUGUCAACUUUACACACCAUGGAGAUACAGAAAAUAUUGCAGCUCCAGGAGCUUGGUCCAAAGCGAGUGUGUGAGCUGGAGAGAGAGGCAGAAGAAUGGAGCAGGGGGGCGAACGAGGCUGUGUGUUCCAUUCAGGACAUCACUGUGUGUUAUUUUACUGAGACGACAACAACCCUGUCAGGUAUGCUGAAACAGAUGGAGGCGGAUCGCAAGAGAUUUGGCCACGCCUCCUGGGCUGUAGCCACACCCAGGCUGGAGAAACUCAAAUUUCUACUGGCUAAAGAGACACUGCAGCUCAUGAGGGCGAGGGAGAUGUGUGUGAACCGACAGAAACAUGAAAUCAAGGAGAAGAUGAGCAGCGUGUGUGACGGGGCGAGUGUGUGUGACGUGGAUGUGUUGGAGCUGCAGUAUUAUGAAGCUCAGCUGGAACUCUACACCUGUAAGCUAGAGAUCCUCAAAAAUGAGGAGCAGCUUCUGCUGGCACAGAUUAACACACUACAGCGACAGAUCAAAGAACUGAAGGAGGAGGUGGUGUAUUAUGAUGCCUGUGAAGACCCCUUGGAGCUUCAGUGCAUGCAGACAGAUGUUAGUCCCACCCACCGAGGUGAUAACUCCGCCUACUCCCACCUACACCAACAGCUAUUGCAACUGGAGAGGAAAAGAGCAAUGAUAUCAUCACGCAGAGCUACAAUGCGCAACCGGAAGGAGCGAUGUGUAGAAGCACAUGAGCUCCAGCAGAGGGCGGCGCAGCAGAGAGUCACACAAUACCAACAACACCAUGCUGUGCAUCAGGUGAGUUACCAUGGUAACCGUGUGACUAAAGAAACUGGGGGAACUGUGCCAACACAAUGUGGAUGA